GUGUCGAGUUGAUUUUGGGCAAGGCUGUCUCGGACUGCGUUCUCAGUUCUUCUUGCCAUCGAUAAACUAUAAAGUUUACGUGGUACAUACCAUGCAGAACAAUGAAUUCAAUUGUAAUCAGAUUUAUUCUUGAAUUUGACAUGAAAUAUAGUUUUUCCUCCAGCCUCAAAGCCAAGUCGUGUCCCAAAUUUAAGUGCUGGAAACCGAAUUAUGACAGUAAAAGCGAAAUUUUUUGCACAUUAUAAUAUAAAGUUAUUAGAACGUGUCAUUUGACCAACUAUAACGCUUUGUUUAACAACAGUAUCGUGAAUGCCAUAUUUGAGAGCAAUCAAGUCAAACUUUUCAGCAAGAAUCAUUCAGUUUUUCCUUGCGAGCAAUCGUAACUGGAAAGUUUCAGUCCAUGCCGUUGAAGAACAAUAAGAAAAUUCGACUAAAAGUGAUUGCAAAUUGCAUAAAAUGCAGAUAUUCUUAGAUUUCAAAAGUUCCAGCAGACCCUUGAGGCUACUACGGGUAAGGCAAGGUUAUGGUAGUCCAGCUACCAGUUUCCAUACCAUCGUACGACUGAGGCAAGCUCAUGGCUGUAUAUAAUAUAUCUUGCUCCAGGGCCGAAUAAAACUAAAUGUACAAAUCUUUUCUGUAACUAUUCACAAGAUCCGUCUUUGAAUAUGUCAAUCAAAGUUGUAAUUCUCCCCAAUUAGAAUAUUGUUUACUGAAAAAACUGCGCGGAUGUUUUAGCUCGAGGCUUAACGAUGCCGAGUCUAGGUUGCGUUCAAGGAUGCCUUAGAACAGGUAAUGUGAGUCGAGGAGCUGCUGAUCACGGCCACGAGAGGCCUUACCAGUGUCGGGGGAAAGCUUGUCGGCGAGGGGUGAUAUUUUACUCUCUUUGUAGGUUCGGUCACUGGAAAUUGUAAAUUCAGAGCUUAGUACAACUUUAUAAAUUUUUCGGCUAGAGCAUUCGAAAUUAUCUCUUCUUUUGUAGGAAAAGUGAUAGAAAGUACAACCUCAAGAUGGUUGUGGGAAGCGGAACGCAGAAUAAGACGGUUGCAGUCGUCGGUGCAGGACUGGUCGGUGCAUUGGAGGCUUGCGUGAUGGCUCAACGCGGUUAUAAAGUCAACCUCUACGAAUUCAGAAAAGAUAUCCGCACGCUGGAACACGUCCCAGGACGGAGUAUCAACCUAGCAAUGUCCGUGCGAGGUCGCUCCGCCCUCAGGAAAGUCGGAGUUGAAGGCGACAUAAUCGAAAGGCACGCCAUCCCCAUGAAGGCUCGAAUGAUCCAUGGAACUGACGGAACCAUGAACCCCAUCCCCUACAACAAAGAUGGUCAGUGCAUUUACUCCGUGGGUCGUCGAUUCGUUAAUGAAGUCUUGCUGACGAAAGCGGAAUCUUUUCCCAAUGUCACGUGCCAUUUCGAACACCAGCUCACGUCCAUCAACUUGGAUGAAAGACGCAUGAUUUUUACAAAUCCCAGCUCGAAAGAAAGGACAGAAGUAACGGCGGACCUCAUCAUCGGAUGCGAUGGCGCGUACUCCGCAGUGCGGAAGGAGAUGCUCAAGAGGCCGCAAUUUAACUACUCUCAGCAGUACAUACCGCACGGCUACAUGGAGCUCUGUAUUCCACCAAACUCUAAUGGAGAGUUCGCCAUGCCGGCAAACUACCUGCACAUCUGGCCACGAGGGAACUUCAUGAUGAUCGCUCUGCCGAAUCAAGACCGGUCCUGGACGGUGACGCUCUUCAUGCCCUUCCCUAUUUUCGACUCGCUCAACUCCCCUGCUAAACUCAUUGAAUUUUUUACGCGGUACUAUCCCGAUUCCAUCCCCUUGAUCGGAAGAGAAAAACUCAUCAAGGACUUCUUCGCGAACAAAGCCCUACCCAUGAUCACAGUUAAGUGCUCUCCUUACCACGUGGGGGGAUCCUGCGUCAUCUUGGGAGACGCGGCGCACGCCAUGGUGCCUUUCUAUGGCCAGGGAAUGAACUGCGGCAUGGAGGACUGCCUGGUGCUAGACGAGAUUCUGACUCAACACAGCGAGGACCUCAACGCUGCCCUGCCUGCUUACAGCGUCAAGCGCAACCCUGACGCUGAAGCCAUCGUCGACCUCGCCAUGUACAAUUAUGUCGAGAUGCGGGACUUGGUCAAUUCACGACUCUUCCUGAUCCGGAAAAAAAUCGACAACGCUCUGAAUGUUGUGUUCCCUCGCUCAUGGGUGCCUCUCUACACCAUGGUCACCUUCUCCAGGGAACCUUACCACAGCUGCAUCCUCAAGAAGCGUUGGCAGGAUAAGGUGCUACGUUUGGCGAGCGUGGCUGCAGUUGGUACCACAGCUGGUGUAGUUGCGGUUGUCAUCCGACGUAACCAGCCGAGCCAGCCUCUGGACACUCUCUUCACAGCGGCAUCUCAAGCGCUCUCAGUUCUUAACAAAACUUUGGGUCAUUUUUCUUCGUGAACUACUUCCUAGUGUUGUACUGAACGUUGGUAAAGAAAAGGAAAGUCUGCAAAUUUAAUUAGCUCACUCGAUUUAUUCAUCCACAAUAGAAUGAGUCAGUGAAUUCUCGUUGUAUUCAUCUAUUCGAAUAACCGAAUUAACUUGGGGUCGAUUUCUUCAUUCAGUGGUAUAACUGAAUGAAUUCUUUCGAUUAAUUCAUCCAAUGGUAUCACAGGAUAAACUCUCUCGAUGAAUUCAUGUAGUAAAAAACAAUUUUCAAAUCGAUCGCCGUAUAAUUAAAUACUGAAAGGAUGACGUUCUGAAGUAGUGCUGCGAUCAGGAUGUACUUAAUAGAAGUAUCCUGCAAAAAUUAUAUUCGAGACACGAGCUUCAAUUUUGAAUUUAUUUCUCAUGUAUUGAGUAAUAAUGGCAACUCUAUAGCUCACUUAGCGUACAACGGGUUUCAGGAUUUCUAUCCUUUUGCUUUUACCGAUACCUAUAGAUACAUUCUAGCUUGCAAUUACAUGAUUGAAUUAAAUUUAGUUUCGGUAUUAAAGUAUUAAAUCCAGUUAUACAAUCUAUAUGAUAUUUUAUUAUGCUAAUAAAUAUAUUCUCUAAUAUUUGAAAGCUGAAUUACGAUGUCUUACCUAUAAUUUUAGUAUUUAAUGUCAGUAGAUGGGGAUUAUUUUGUGUGGGCUGUUGUUGGUGUGCAGUUUUACUAAUAACAAAUUAUGAGCACUUAGCAGUGAAACAUUUCUAGACAACGUCGUUUAUUGACUCAUUUUGAAUGCGUACUCUAUUGCUGUUGUUAAAGUGUAUGUGGAUCAUUCACGUAUCUGGCGUUCAGUAAAUAAAAUCAUCUAGUAAUUCAUGAUUUUGUUGAAUUCAACUACCGUUGUUUGAGAGAUAAAAGGUUAGAACAAUUCCAGUUAGAAAGGGAAAUAAUAUUGCAUUGAGCCCCGUUACUUAUUAAUUGCAAAUAUUUUAUGAUUUAAUUUGUAGACUAAAAUAUUUUAGCAAGGGCCCGAAUCAUGAAGAAAGUACAUGGAUGGUUUUACCGGGUCCUUCGUUUUUAUCAAAUUUGUUGAAUCCCAAGUCUUGGGGAAGCUUGAAUUGAAUCCCGCGUACAAUUGUUUCUUGCGCGACUUAUUUGUUCACUGCUGGAAUAGAUUAAUGGACACAUAGAGAUAAAAUUAAAGUACUUAUCCAGUUAGUUUGGCAAGAAAGAUUAUGCUUAUUUACCCGCUAAAUAUAAAUUAAAGAUAUUGAGAGUUUCAAUUUGCUACCCGAUUCCAAUAUCCCAAUUUUGUCGUCCGUACAUGAAGUGAAACUCGCGCCAGGGUGUGGAAGCGAUCGUGCGAGUUCCUAAUCAUUUAGAGUCUUUUAUGUACUUCCUUAAUAUCAUUUAGGACUUCUUGCCAUUUAUACGAGUCAUGCUGGUAAUGGUAAGAAUUACCCUUCCUGGUUGAAUGAGUACACUUUUUUGUGACCACUGUUGCAAUAUGAAAAACUACCUAAUUGAAUGUCGAAUUUAAUCUGGACUUCCUCUAUAUCCAAAACCACCUAAUAGAUUUUUGCUGCUCUAAAUAGUUAUUUGACUUAAUGGUGAAUUGUCCUUGGUGCACUCGAUGAGGUUAUAUUCAACAUUUGUUACUCUAUGUUCAUUCAUAAUACAUUCGUUUUAAUCAUG